UGCACGCCAGAAUUAGAAAUCCUCGAAAUCAACUAUAAGAUCGAGCGAAAGAAUCUGAUCUACGGACCGGUACCGGUACGAUACGCCCCAUGGCUCCGGUCGGCAGCUAGCGAGCUCCCGCUAGCGCUACGGUACUACGUGCUUAAGCUGUGUUGUGAUUGUUGCAUUGUUCAAAUUAUGUCGGUCGUGACAGAUCCAUGUUUCACCCGCCGAUGAGUUGUCUUACUUUAUCGUUCAAGAGAGGGAUCGAUGUGUGCAAUGGAAGUCUUCAAAUUUUCUAUGCCUGUCCCAACGUUAGGAUUUGGUCGAAGUUAAGACAUUAAAAAACGCAGCGAUAGACCGGUGACAUUGAUUGAUAAAUGAGUCUGAGUGAUCCUGGGAGUCCUGGACUGGAUGUCGAUGGAGUAACGGGAUGCAUCAGCGCCCGAGGGCCGAGGCUGAGUCCACUCUGCUCUGCAGCCUCAGCUCCGCUACCUCGCUGACUCUGCGGCUGGCCUCAUGACCCGACGCUAUCUCAUAAAUGGAAUGAUUGUCAGUGAAGUAUAUGUUCUGCCAAAGGACACAGAAUGAGUAAGUUACUCUAGGAACUGCGCAGAUAAAGGAAAGAUACUUUUGAUGAUCACUAUAUUUCAGAUCUGCCAUAUCUCUGAAUGACAGUUAUCAUGAGGAAACAAGACAUUCUCCCUUGAUUAAAUGAACAUUUGACGAAAAAGCGCUCGGAUUUUAUUUUCAAAAUGGAGGACAAGCAGCAGCGCAAUCUGCGCAACUACCAUCACCAGGCACGGAUUCUCCUGACUGAACGGGAGCGCGAUCUUCUUCAUGACAUGCUGAAGGAGUACCAGAAAUACCACAAUGCUCGGCAGUUCAUCUCUGAUCUACGCAGUAUUCUCAACACGCCAGCAAAGAUGGACCUACUCCGUGAGAUUAGAAACCUGGUGCCUCCUGCUUACUUGCAAGAAUUUGACACCUUGGCACCGUACGACCGCAUGGCUCACCCGAUGGCCACGCAUUUAAUGCAGGACGCUCCUGUCUUUAAGAGGGCUCCUAGCUGGCAUGGGAGGGCUUAUGAAAGGUCUUUUGAUACGCAGAGUGAAGAUUUAGAUAUGAGUCAUUAUGUAGCAACCGGUCCCCGAGUUUUAACAAUCACCAACAAGAAUGAGGAUUUAGGCUUCACAAUCAAAGGAGGAUCAGAGCAGGGUACCCCGGUCUCUGUAAGCAGGGUAGAGAGAGGGUCUGAUGCUGAGAAAAAUGGACUGGCAGUUGGUGAUGAGAUUUUAGAAGUGAACAACAUUAAUUUUGAGGAGAUAGCCAUCAGCAGUGCUAUCCGUGUAUUACAGGGAUCCAAUAAGCUCCGAAUGACCGUUCAGCAUAAUCCUGCAUUAGUACAACACUCUCAAAGAAGACAAUCAAAAGAGAAAACAAAAUGGUUUGAUACCUAUUCUCGUGCAAGGGGCCCGCCAUCAGGUCUGAACGCAUCCACUGCUGGUAUAAACCGAGAAAGGAAAGUAGUGAUUCAGCUUGAUGAGAAACACAGGUUUAUUGGUUUCAACAUACGAGGAGGAAGCGAGUAUGGCCUGGGAAUAUUUGUAUCCAAGACUGAUAGGGGUGGUAUGGCCGAGUACCACAAGAUACAGGUAGGGGAUCAGAUUCUUUCAGUCAAUGGGACUAGCUGUGAGAACAUCCCUCAUGCUGCGGCUGUCGAUCUCAUCAGAGGACAGAAGAGACUUGUCUUGAUCAUUCGUAGCAUGGCAUCAGACAACCUCAAUCAAAGCCAAAACAAAUCAAGCAGGUCACAAAGUACCACUCCUUCCAUGAUUUCUGGCAUCUCCAAUCAACAGCAGCAGAAAUCACCCCCAUUUCCUAAUGGACCAGUCCCACCCAUCCCUAAGCAGAACAAGGACUGGCUGACCAGAGCACCACCUCACGGGGGUGUGCAACGUCUUGAUGCAAGGGACAUGAAAACCAAGCAAUCUCCAGGUGAAAAUGUUCCAGUAAUCAUGUCAGCAAGACAAAAUGUCCAGGGAGGCCCUCAUCUCAGCAACACAACUAUCACAGAUCAUCUCCCCAGCCGACCCUCGUCUGUCCAAUCUCAGCAAUCUACCCAGCGGACACAGCCAUACCAGUCACAACCCGCGACACACCCUACAACACAACCCCCAGCACCUCCACAGCAACAUCUCAGACCAUCGCCACCCCAUCACCCCCAGCAGGUGGUAUCAGGCAGGGGUGGGGACAGCGGGGGUAAGGAGAAGAGGCGUGGCCUUGGGAGAUCUCUUAGUGUCAAACAUCCUGGAGAGAGGAGACUUCCGGUGAUGGAACAGCAAAGUCCCAAGCACAAACCAGCCAAGGUCAAACGAAACAAGACAUUCCGUGCCCUGUUUGGCCUCAAGCCCAAGGUCAAAGGUCACGAGAAGGAGCAACGUGAAUACGACCGGAGCCCUGAGAGGGAGAUCUCCCCUCCAUCUCCCAAGAAGGAUAUUGAGGAGGAGAUCCUGGCAGAGUCAUUUGAUGAGGAUCUAGCCAGGGUGGAUCCCAUUGGGCAGGAGGCAGGAGCCCAUGAUGAGGAUCCUGGAGGAGGGGUGAUGGAGAAGGAGGGCAAGAGACAUAGAAAAGGGAAAAAUAAGAUGACCGGUAUCAUCGCAAGUUUCCGCAAGACCAGACCGGAGGGUAUUGUAAAGAAGCGUCACAACAUCUCCUUACCUCCAGAGGAAGAACAAGAAAGGCCGCCCCCUGCUGACCGUCCUGGGUCAGCCACUAGUUGGGCAUCGAGGAAAGAUAGUUUAGGGGAAUCACUCAGCAACAGCUCCCAUGGCAGUCUUGGCAGGCAGAAGGGAGCUUUCAUCGCUGGAGCAGGAACACAGAUCAUGCAUGUCCAUGCAUCUCAGGCCAGUCAGAUGCCUAUACUCUCAGAAGCUAUCAAGAAAACACUCAAUCAAGAUGAGGCUGCUGCUGUCCAUAGACACAUCAAAAGGUAUCAUACAGAAGGGGAUGUUGACGCUCUUGUGACUCCACUCCUGGCGAUCUUGGACAAACCUGAGAAGGCGGUUCUAUUACGAGAAGUCAGAGGAGUGAUAGCUCCCUUAGACCUGGCUGUCUUUGACUCUAUGGUAUCAAGAAGAGAGCUUGAAGCAAGGAAUUAUCUCAAUGCCAAAUCAGGGUCUGUUUCACCAAGACUAUCAUUUGACAGGAAGCUUCCCUCAAAUCAGCUUGAUUUAAACCAACCAGGUACCUCUAAUAACAAUGAAAGCGAUACAGAAAAGCAGAAGAGGCAUCAGAAUGAAUUGGAAAGACUGCGAAAGCAGAGACAGGAGGAGGUACGACAGGCAACACUAACGGCUACUGGGAGAUCUGCAGACAUUGACCCAUCACCCUACGGACAGAUUGGCUACCCUGCUAACCAGAGCCGCCACGGGAGCUUUGAUACAUAUUCCUUUGGAGAGAGGAGGGACCAAGCCCCGCCUUCUUUCUCCACCUUCAAGGGUGUGGCAGUGGGUGGUUCUGGAAGGGGCAGUCCUGCAAGCAGCAUCUCUGAUGGUAGCCUUUCCAAGAAGACAGCUAAGAGAGUCCUCAUCAAUGCAGCUCCGCAGAUCAUCAGGACAAACUCCACUGGUGAUGAUGUCUCACCACGCAGUGAGGAGGGGCAAGGUGGACAGGACCAAGGAGAUGGUGUCAAGGAUAAUGUCUUUGAAGAUCGGUUUGGGAGAGGGAGAAAUGUUCAUGGGUCAGGAUGGGACCCCUAUGAAACGAUACCUGUGAGCAGGCUGGGUGAUGACUUCUCUGAAUCGCCAAAGAUUCAGAACAAUGAACUUGCUGGUCGGAGGCAGGCGAGUCAAGGUUCUGGAGCGACGAGUAGGGGUGAGUUCGACCCUCCGUAUGCAGCAAUCAAGAUUAACCCACUGACUGAUGAUGCUCAUGACACCACCGAUGCAAAUGAGAGUGGUCAUGAUAGCUCAGAUUCUGACUACAGCAUUGGUAAGAACGGGAUGUACCGCAUCAUGGGCAGCGAUGCAGAUGAUAACUGGGAUGAUCGGGAUUCAGCAAGUCCACCAAAACCCAAUUCCAAGCCACACAAGCUGAGCCCCAUCCCUGCUUCUCCACCCACUCCCAGAAUCAUCGAACCCACUCCUCCUUCAUCUCCAUCCGAAGCCAGUCAGAACCUCGAUGCUCUUCUGCAGGUCGGGCGAGACAUGAUCUCUACCCCCAACCGUGAUGGGACCAGCUCCAAUCGUUCCAGCGGUAGUAGCUCCGAUGAUCCUGUCUACGCUCAGGUCAUGAAAGGAGCAGCAGCUAGGACUCCUGCUAACUUCCUGGAUGUGAGGGACUCUGUGGAUAGUGCUUCGGAGUCUGAGAGCAGCGCUAAAAGAGUUAGCUUCAGUGAAUUCAAUGGCUCACCAAAACCCCCAAGGAAAGGAAUACUCAAGAACAGUUUCAAUCGCAAUGAGCGUCCUACCGUCCCCAUCAGGAACCCACAGCUUUAUCUUGAUGAUGACGAUGAUGAUGAACCUUCUCCACUCAAGGAAAUCAUUAGGAGCAGGCGAGGAAAGUCACCUAUCAAACCUGCUGCUAGAAGAAGGAUUGACGGCUUCCCAGGGAGAGAGAUCUUUGAAUUUGAGCUCUCAAAGUCACAGUCAUCACUGGGACUCAGUCUAACAGGAGGAAAGGACUAUAAGAACCAGCCCUAUGUAAAGGUAGAUAGGAUAUACCCAGGAGGUGCUGUUGCAGAUGAUGGUAAUCUUACGUCUGGAUGCGUCUUGGUUGGUGUUGAUGGGAUGUCCUUACUGGAUGUUAGUCAUCAGCAGGCCAUGGAGAUCAUCCGUUCAGCUUACAACGAUAAGAGUAAGAAAACAAUGCAGGUCGAGUUCAUGGACGCUCUAUAACAUGCUUUGGCAGUCCAAGUUCUGCAGUUAAUGGCUACUCUGGCGUAAUUUCAAUCAGCAACAUUCCUUGCUACUUAACAACUUCAAGAACGACAUGGAUGCUAAGUCAAGACAAUCAUGGGCAUGAAUCGUAGAAUAUGUAAUGUUUCUUCAUUUUCAAUCAUGUUUUAACUGUCAAACCUUCCUAUUGUAACUACAGUACUUGCAUUAUCUUAUAAUCAUAUUUCUAUUUAUUCCAUGAAGCCGUUUUACAAGUCAGUUUGAUUGAAAACCUUUCAGAAAUUAUUUUGAUAGUGAUCACAGAAAUCUUUACUCAUGAAAACUAUGGAAUCUUCUUUGUCAUUGAGCGAGUUGCUCAGUCAUUUACAUGCCAUUGUCAAUUAUUCUGGUCAGUGUAUUGUCUUAUGAAUGGUGAAGCCAGCAAAUAUGGCAGAUCAAGAUUUGUUUGCUACUCAUAUCUUUUGCUUUGAGGAAAAUUUAAGAAAGAAGGGUGAUAGAGUAUACAUACGUAAUACAUAUGAUGAAAUUUGUACUAUUGUCACCAUACUCAUUUGACCAAGAAUAAUAGUGAAAGAAAAAUGGUUUGUAAAUUGCCGCGAUUGGGGCACUGUAGGUUUUAACUGUUGCUUAUUUCCCCUUUGCUCUUUAAUCUGCCAAAUUCCACUGAAAUCACAUCUAGCUCUUCUUUACUUAGCUUUUGAAAUAAAAGGGUUGGAUGCUGAAUACCUCACUAUACCAAAUUGUCUAUUGCGCUAUAAAUCGAGAAGUUUUCUGCUUUUACAGUGACCAUUCCCUGGCUAUUUUUCAUUAAAUCCUUGUAAUUACAGGAGCAGUUGCUGCAUUCAAUAUUGUAAGGUUUAGCAUUGCAAAGAGCAAGGAAAAGAACAAUUGAUUGAAGGCUAAAUAGACUAUUGCAGUGGAUUUUCUUGACAGUUUAUACACUCGUGUAUAUAAGUGAGGUGUUGGUGAUGGUGUACAUUUUAAGAGAGCAGAGAGAAAACGAAACCUUGACGACAAAAGUAACAUGCA